AAGACGAAAAUUAUGGCGGAUGUGUCGACGUUUCCAGACAAAAAACAUGGACAGUUUGCUGUAGAUUUGACACACAUCGAAUCACAGCAUGAAAACAACCGUCCAGAUAUCAUAAUGGAAAACUCCGACAUGUCUUCAAAGGAUGAAUUUCAAUUCGUUUCUUCGAGUGGUGGCUCUCCAACACUCGAAGGAUCAAUAAGCCAAGGAAUACCACAAACAGAUACUAGCUUUGGGGUGAAGAACCGAGGGACAACAUCAAAGUACUUGGAGAAUAAGGGAUUUGGAUGGCUUCUUGAAGAAGAGGACAUUGAUGAAGAAGACCAGAAGCCUUUGUUAGAAGAGCUAGACAUUGAUCUGAAAGAUAUCUACUACAAGUUGCGAUGUGUUCUGUUCCCGCUGCCUAGUCUCGGCUUCAAGCGACACGUCGUACGGGAAAGUCCAGACUUCUGGGGGCCACUCUUUGUUGUUCUUUUGUAUUCAGUCAUUUCCCUGUACGGCCAGUUUAGAGUGGUCUCAUGGAUUUUGACAAUUUGGAUCUGUGGAUCUGUGAUUAUCUUCUUACUGGCAAGAGUACUUGGAGGAGAAGUGAGUUACUCACAGUGUCUCGGUGUGAUUGGCUACUCCAUAUUACCUCUGUUGGUGAUUGCCUCCAUCCUGCCUGUGUUCCGCUCUCUCUACUACGUCAGCAUGUUGUUAAAGUUAUUUGGUGUGGUGUGGGCAGCUUACAGUGCAGGAUCCUUGUUAUGUGUUCAAGAACUUCAACACAAAAAACCUUUGCUUUUCUAUCCAGUGUUUUUGCUGUAUAUUUACUUUUUGUCCCUGUAUACUGGAGCGUAACAUUUAAAACCACAGUGCGUUGUGUAAAUAUGUACAGUUGGGGGGGGAGGGUACACUUCCAAUGACUUUGAAACACACACGUUAUUCUCUCGAGGGAUUCUUCUGGAAAAGGGCGGGACGUAAUCCAGUGGUAAAGCGCUCCCUUGAUGCACGGUCGGUCUAGGAUUGAUCCUCGUCAGUGGGCCCAUUGGGCUAUUUCUCAUUCCAGGCAGUGUAUAAUGACUGGUAUAUCA